AUGGCAAUGCCAGCUGAGUCACUAAAAGGCAGCGUCGAGCAGGUCCUAUCCCACCAGCGGGAGGCAGUUUUGGCGCGUGCGGUGUCAAGCCUGCAGAGGGCAGCAGCGGAGGUGCAGAAAGCUGCAGCUCAUCUAUCAGCUUGUGAGGCAGCAUGGCUUGAAGCUUACGAGGCCGCCCUCCAGUCAGCUGAGGAUGAGGUUGAAGCUGGUGCGGUGAGGAGGGCGGCAGCAGAUCUCAAGCCUCAACCAGGCUUGGGACUCUACACGCUACGCACCUUCCACGAUGAGUUUCGGGGAAGUCUGCCAGCUGCCGAGGCAUUGGGCCAUGAGUCAGAUGCAGCCCACGGGCAGCAUCAUGAUGAAUUUCACACGGCAAAGCAUCAGCUGGAACAUCGCUGGAUAGAAAAGACGGCCUUCAGUGCAGCUGAGCGUGUGCUUGAGCGAAUGACGGAGCGGAUGAGUGAAAGCAUCGGUGAGCGGGUCGGCGAGCGACUCGCGGAGCGAGGCGUUGAACGCCUUGCCGAGAGGGGUACCGAGCGCCUGGCCCAGCGCGGCGUCGAGAGGCUUGCCGAAAGAGGCGCUGAACGACUUGCUGAGAGAGGUGCAGAGCGGCUUGCUGAGAGGGGUGUUGAACGCUUGGCAGAGCGCGGUGUUGAGCGCCUUGCCGAGCGCGGUGCCGAGAGACUGGCUGAAAGAGGCGCAGAGUUGGCCCUGGAGCGUGCUGGGGCCAGCGCUGUGCGGCACAUCCUGGCGAGGACCAUCGGCGAGGCGCUGAGAAUGGGGGAGGAAACGGCUAUGCAUGCGCUGAAGGCUUUGCGAGUGAUUGUGCCUUUUGUCGGGAUGCUCUUUGUGAUUCACCUGGCAGAACAUGACUGGCACCGCUUAGGGGAGGAGUGGAGGGCCCGACGUGCUCUCUCCCUGCUCUUCUUCAGCUUGGCCGUCCUGGGUGACAUAGCAGACAUCCUUUGCCAUGUUUGCGUGAUUUCCUCGGGCAUCCUCCAUGUGGACCACGAGGCUUUGCACGUGAUUGAGUAUUAUGGCAUGGCUUCCGCCAUCGUUGCCUGUCUCUCCGUGGUAGCUGCAGAGAUCACUUCCGCCCGUGCCAUGCGAAGGGCGCUCAAGGCACAGGCUACGCCUUCAUUGCAUGUGGUGCCCCUGGCUGUGAGUGAAGAGAACGCAUAG